CGUUGUUGUGGGAAAUGUACUUCCGGGUUAUCGGGGUAUGGAUCGCAUUUUAAUGCAAACAAUUAUUAGAUACAGAUACCUGAUUACCAGACGCGUUCGCAUAAUUUAAACACAACAAACAUGGGGAAGAAGCAUAAAAAGCACAAGCCGGAGUGGAGAACAGUUGAUGACUGUGAGGACAAGCCUUUUGAGAAGCAGCUGAAGCUGGUGCUCAAAGUGGGAGGAAGUGAGAUCACAGAACUCUCAGGCUCCGGCCAUGACUCCAGUUACUACGACGACAGGUCAGACCAUGAACGAGAGCGCCACAAGGACAAAAAGAAGAAGAAGAAGAAAAAGUCUGAGAAGGAGAAAGACAAACACGUAGAUGAUGAGGAGAGGAGAAGACGGAAGGAAGAGAAGAGGAAGAAGAGAGAGCGGGAGCAGAAUGAAUCAGAGGCUGCUACUGCCUCUGCCAGUGGUGUGGGCCUGCCCACUGUUGUGCCCAGUCACACUGGUGUGGCAGUCGAGCCUUUCAUGCUGCCAAAGAUACCAAACAUUGGUAUUAGUUUUGAGCAGCAGGAGGAGAAGAAGAGGAAGAGGGAGAGGUCUGAGAUGGAGCCGGAGGUGAUGGACCAGUUUCACCCCAACAUCAAGGUAGAGGUGGAGCAACAAGGAGACCGGCCUGUCAGGGCUUGCAGGACAGCCCCGGAGAGUGAGUGCACCCCUCGACAGCAGCUCCUGGAACACUUCCUGCGCCAGCUUCAGAGGAAGGAUGCCCAUGGGUUCUUCACUUUCCCAGUGACAGACGCCAUCGCUCCAGGUUACUCUGUGAUAAUCAAACACCCCAUGGAUUUCAGCACCAUGAACGACAAGAUCACAGACAACGAGUACAAAACCAUCACAGAGUUCAAGGCCGACUUCAAGCUGAUGUGUGAUAAUGCCAUGGUGUAUAACCGUCCAGAGACCGUUUACUACAAGGCUGCCAAGAAACUGCUGCACACUGGCUUCAAGAUGAUGAGCAAAGAGCGGCUGUUAGCACUGAAGCGUAGCAUGUCUUUCAUGCAGGACAUGGAUUUCUCUCAGCAGGCGGCCAUUUUAGGGGAGGAGGACUUGGCGUCUGAGGAGCCCCCUCCGGAGGUCAUCUCCAUGCCCGUGGAGUCGGCGUCGGCCAAGAAAUCCAAGAAACCCAAAGACAUGAAAGAUAUGAAGGAAGUCAUCAGUUACCUGUAUGAGCCAGAGGGAAACGCCUGCAGCCUGACUGACAGCACAGCGGAGGAACACGUUCUGGCCCUGGUGGAGCACGCUGCAGAUGAAGCACACGACCGCAUCAACCGAUACAUGCCCAACUCCAAGAUGGGUUACCUGAGGAAAGAGCCUGAUGGUAAUCUGUUGUACACUGUAGUGAAUCAGCUGAAUCCAGAAGUCAAAAGGUUUGAGACCCACCCUGUGGACCUGAGCUCUCUGUCCAAUAAGCUCCUUCCUGGAUUAACAACACUGGGUUUCAAAGAUGACCCAGUGAGACACAAGGUGACGUUCCUGAGCAGUACCUACAACACCCAGACCCUGCAGAACAACUCCAUCUACCCAGACCUGCUGCCUGAUGAGAUGGACCUGCUCUACUCAGCCUACGGGGAUGAGACUGGGGUGCAGUGUGCUCUCAGUAUUCAGGAGUUUGUUAAAGGUUGUGGGAACGUUACUAAGCGUUUGGUUGACGGGCUGCUGGAUAAGAUGACUGCAGGGGACCACUCUAAGGCUGUCUACCAGAUCAGACAGAAAAGAAACAUGGCGUUACCGGACGAACCCAAGAGCAACAUUUACGAUAUGCAGAUGGCUGAUGGGACAGGUCUGGGAGAGGGCAGCUCAGUGCUGGACUUCAUGUCCAUGAAGAGCUACUCUGACAUGUCUCUGGAGAUGUCCAUGCUCAACUCUUUAGGGAAGUCAGUGAAGAAGGAGCGGCAUGAAGACGGGGUCAGCCAGCAGCACUUUGAGGAGGCAGCCAAGCUGCUGCAGGAGUUCCAGGAGGGCCAGGUGGAGAGGGGAGGCUCCAGACCCUCCUCUAACCUCUCCUCCCUGUCAGGGACCUCCGACAGGGACCAGCACCACCUGGGGAGUCCCUCACACCUGGGUGUUGGUGACCAGUCUGAGAUGGUUCAUGACCCCUAUGAGUUCCUCCAGUCUCCAGAGCCAGGCUCCACAUCCAACAGCUGACCUAUGAGUUCCUCCAGUCUCCAGAGCCAGGCUCCACAUCCAACAGCUGACCUAUGAGUUCCUCCAGUCCCCAGAGCCAGGCUCCACAUCCAACAGCUGACCUAUGAGUUCCUCCAGUCUCCAGAGCCAGGCUCCACAUCCAACAGCUGACCUAUGAGUUCCUCCAGUCUCCAGAGCCAGGCUCCACAUCCAACAGCUGACCUAUGAGUUCCUCCAGAGCCAGGCUCCACAUCCAACAGCUGACCUAUGAGUUCCUCCAGAGCCAGGCUCCACAUCCAACAGCUGACCUAUGAGUUCCUCCAGUCUCCAGAGCCAGGCUCCACAUCCAACAGCUGACCUAUGAGUUCCUCCAGUCUCCAGAGCCAGGCUCCAC